GUUUUCUCUCUCUCCUUCAGAAACUACUCAGUGGAAAAUGGUAGCGGGAAAUCACUCCACAGUGACUGAAUUCAUCCUCGCUGGGCUAACACAACAACCGGAACUCCAGCUGCCCCUUUUCUUCCUCUUCCUAGGAAUCUAUGUGGUCACGGUGGUGGGGAACCUGGGCAUGAUCAUGCUGAUAGGGCUCAGUGCUCACCUGCACACGCCCAUGUAUUACUUCCUCAGUAGCUUGUCCUUCAUUGACCUCUGCCAUUCCACUGUCAUUACCCCCAAAAUGCUGGAGAACUUUGUGACAGAGAUGAAUGUCAUCUCCUACCCUGAAUGCAUGACUCAGCUCUAUUUCUUCCUUGUUUUUGCUAUUGCAGAGUGUUACAUGUUAGCAGUAAUGGCCUAUGACCGCUAUGUUGCCAUCUGUAGCCCCUUGCUUUACAAUGUCAUCAUGGCCCAUCAGGCUUGUUUCUCCCUGAUUUCAGGAGUGUAUAUUAUAGCCCUGGUUUGUGCAUUUGUUCAUACAGGUUGCAUGUUUAGGGUUCAUUUCUGCAAAUUUGAUGUGAUCAAUCAUUAUUUCUGUGAUCUUCUUUCCUUGUUAAAACUCUCCUGUUCUAAUACCCAUGUCAAUGAGUUAGUGAUUCUAAUCUUUAGUACAGUUAAUAUCCUUGCCCCCAGCCUGACGAUCCUUGCCUCCUAUGUCUUCAUCCUCUCCAGCAUCCUCCACAUCCGCUCCACUGAGGGCAGGUCCAAAGCCUUCAGCACCUGCAGUUCUCACAUCUCAGCUGUUGCUGUCUUCUUUGGAUCUGCUGCAUUCAUGUACCUGCAGCCGUCAUCUGUGAGCUCCAUGGACCAAGGGAAAGUAUCCUCUGUGUUUUAUACCAUCAUUGUGCCCAUGCUGAACCCCCUGAUCUACAGCCUGAGGAAUAAGGAUGUCAAUGCUGCCCUGAAGAAAAUCUUAGAGAGAAGAAUAUUCUUGUGAUCAGAAAUAACAGGAUCUUUUACUAGCCUAAGUCAUUGUCUCUUAGGUUGUAUGAAUUGAUAUGUUUAAUUUUAGCCCAUCUGUUAGUAUACAUCCUCACUGAGUGGAAUUCUAUUGACAGGAUUUCUUACUCCCAUGGCUUUUGAUGCCAUUGCUCUCUCUGAAUUUUGCUCUCAUGAGUAUCUCUGAGACACAGAUUAGAAGUACUAAGGGUGAUCUGGAUUCAUGGACCCACAAAUACCAUUGCCAUCACCUCUUCCCCCUGUCCUUUGUACAACUGAUAAACACUCAGUUCUCAACCAUAGUGAAAGUAUCUCUUAGCAGUGGUUAGCAAUCUCCAUUUUUCUGUGCAAAGACAAUUAAAAAUGACAGCAAUAUAAUGAUGUAAUAUUUAGCUUUUGUAUAUCUCUUGCCUAGGAAAGCUUCUUUC